GAUCAAGUAGAGUGCCUUGACGAAGAAGAAAACACAAAACAAAAAGAAAGAGAAAUGGGAUUCUUUUUUGAAGAGAACUUAAGCUUUAACCCUAAACUUGCCUCUAACGUUAAUUAUGACGACAACCAGUUAGGUUUGAUGGCCGUGAGACUUGCCAACGCCGCUGCAUUUCCAAUGGUUCUCAAAGCUGCCCUCGAGCUCGGUGUCUUUGACACUCUUUACGCCGAAUCCUCUACCACCGACUCGUUCCUAUCAUCCUUUGAGAUAGCGAGUAAGCUACCAAAUACACCUCGUAACCCUGAAGCGCCGGUUUUGUUGGAUCGCAUGCUUCGUCUACUCGCUAGCUAUUCCAUGGUCAAGUGCGGUAAGGUCUCUGAAGAAAGGGGCGAGAGGGUUUAUAGAGCCGAGCCGAUAUGCAGGUUCUUCUUGAAGGAUAACAUUCAAGAAAUGGGAUCCCUGGCUUCUCAAGUCAUUGUCAAUUUCGAUAGCGUCUUCCUUAAUACUUGGUUACAAUUAAAAGAUGUGGUGUUAGAAGGAGGAGAUGCCUUUGGCCGCGCACAUGGUGGCACGAAACUCUUCGACUAUAUGGGUACAGAUGAGAGAUUUAGCAAACUCUUUAACCAAACCGGAUUUACCAUCGCGGUCGUGAAGAAGGCUCUUGAAGUCUAUGAAGGCUUCAAAGGUGUGAAUGUUUUGGUUGAUGUGGGAGGAGGAGUUGGUAACACUCUUGGUAUUGUUACUUCAAAGUAUCCCAAUAUCAAGGGUAUCAAUUUUGAUCUAACUUGUGCCUUGGCACAAGCACCUUCUAUCCCUGGAGUGGAACAUGUUGCCGGAGAUAUGUUUGUAGAUGUCCCAACCGGAGAUGCCAUGAUCUUGAAACGUAUACUUCAUGAUUGGACCGACGAAGACUGCAUCAAGAUUCUCAAGAAUUGCUGGAAAUCACUACCAGAGAACGGUAAAGUCGUUGUCAUAGAGUUAGUCACUCCUGAUGAUGCGGAGAAUGGAGACAUCAACGCAAACAUUGCCUUUGACAUGGACAUGUUGAUGUUCACUCAAUGUUCGGGCGGAAAAGAGAGGUCACGAGGUGAGUUUGAAGCUUUGGCUACAGCUUCUGGCUUCACCCAUUGCAAGUUCGUUUGCCAAGCUUAUCACUGCUGGAUCAUUGAGUUCUGUAAAUAA